GCGCUGGGCCGCGGCGGCUACGCGGACGAGACCGCCUCUUUCGCGCCGUCUCCCUUCACGGUUACCCCGGCUCUCUGCCCCUCCUUCCCGCGGCGCUCGAGGGACCAUGGCCGAUCCUCGCGUGAGGCAGAUCAAGAUCAAAACCGGCGUGGUGAAGCGAUUGGUCAAAGAAAAAAUGAUGUAUGAAAAAGAAGCAAAACAACAAGAAGAAAAGAUUGAAAAAAUGAAAGCCGAAGAUGGUGAAAAUUAUGCUAUUAAAAAGCAGGCGGAGAUCCUGCAAGAGUCCCGCAUGAUGAUCCCAGAUUGCCAGCGCAGGUUGGAAGCUGCAUACAGUGACCUUCUGCAAUUAUUAGAGAGUGAAAAAGACUUGGAAGAAGCUGUGGAAUAUAAGGAGGCACGUGUAGUACUGGAUUCAGUGAAGUUAGAAGCCUGAAGUUUUUCUGUACAGGGUGUUUUUGCAUUAAAUCCUGGGAUCCAUUCCACAAUUCAUUAUUUUUGACCACUGCUGUGUGUUCAGGUAGUAUGAGAAUGUGAUUCUUCUUAUGCAGUGCAUAUAUUUUUCUUUGCCUAAUUUAAUGUGUCAAAUAAAUGAGUUCAUCUAAUAAAAUUGCUUCUUUCAUACUUUA